UUCUAUUUUUGCCCUUUGUUGGGUCUGACUCGGAAUAGUGACACUUCCUUCUGAGCUAGAAUGUUUUUAUCUGGACCUGUUGUUCUUCUGAUGAUACUGCCACUGAAUGUCUCUGUUUCAUUGUCUCGUCCAACCUGUGUGUGUGCAUGUCCACGGGGUUCCGGCGAUAGCUUUGCAGGUGCAUCGGUCCUGUUUUGUUUUUGUUUGGGAGGAAGAGGGAGGGUGUGGGGGCCUAGUGCCAGCCAGCCUUCAGGUUCUUACAAGUACGUGCUUCGCGAAUGUGGUACUUCUAACAUCGUCUCGUAAAAAGAGAAAGCUUCAUAGCCUCAACCAUGAAGGAAAGCAGUCGCAUAGGGCAUGGAGCUGGAGAACUAUGAACAGCCCGUGGUGCUGAGAGAGGACAACCGCCGCAGGCGUCGGAGGAUGAAGCCGCGCAGCACGGCAGCCAGCCUGUCCUCCAUGGAGCUCAUCCCCAUCGAGUUUGUUUUGCCCACCAGCCAGCGCAACACCAAGACCCCCGAAACGGCACUGCUGCACGUGGCCGGCCACGGCAAUGUGGAGCAGAUGAAGGCCCAGGUGUGGCUGCGCGCGCUGGAGACGAGCGUGUCUGCGGACUUCUACCACCGGCUCGGCCCCGACCACUUCCUCCUGCUCUACCAGAAGAAGGGGCAGUGGUACGAGAUCUAUGACAAGUACCAGGUGGUGCAGACCCUGGACUGCCUGCGCUACUGGAAGGUGUUGCACCGCAGCCCCGGGCAGAUCCACGUGGUCCAGCGGCACGCGCCCUCCGAGGAGACAUUGGCCUUCCAGCGCCAGCUCAACGCCCUCAUCGGCUACGACGUCACCGACGUCAGCAACGUGCAUGACGAUGAGCUGGAGUUCACGCGGCGCCGCCUGGUCACCCCGCGCAUGGCCGAGGUGGCCGGCCGCGACCCCAAGCUUUACGCCAUGCACCCCUGGGUGACAUCCAAGCCCCUCCCUGAGUACCUUCUGAAGAAGAUCACUAACAACUGCGUCUUCAUCGUCAUUCACCGCAGCACCACCAGCCAGACCAUCAAGGUCUCGGCCGAUGACACCCCAGGCACCAUCCUCCAGAGCUUCUUUACCAAGAUGGCCAAGAAGAAAUCUCUGAUGGAUAUCCCUGAAAGCCAGAACGAACGGGACUUUGUGCUGCGCGUCUGCGGCCGGGAUGAGUACCUGGUGGGUGAGACGCCCAUCAAAAAUUUCCAGUGGGUGAGGCAGUGCCUCAAGAAUGGGGAGGAGAUUCACCUUGUGCUGGACACUCCUCCAGACCCAGCCCUGGACGAGGUGAGGAAGGAAGAGUGGCCGCUGGUGGAUGACUGCACGGGAGUCACUGGCUACCACGAGCAGCUGACCAUCCACGGCAAGGACCAUGAAAGUGUGUUCACCGUGUCCCUGUGGGACUGUGACCGCAAGUUCAGGGUCAAAAUCAGAGGCAUUGAUAUCCCUGUCCUGCCCCGGACCGCUGACCUCACGGUGUUUGUGGAGGCAAACAUCCAGUAUGGGCAGCAAGUCCUUUGCCAAAGGAGAACCAGCCCCAAACCCUUCACGGAGGAGGUGCUCUGGAACGUGUGGCUUGAGUUCAGUAUUAAAAUCAAAGACUUACCCAAAGGGGCUCUGCUGAACCUCCAGAUCUACUGCGGCAAAGCUCCAGCACUGUCUGGCAAGACCUCUGCAGAGAUGCCCAGUCCCGAGUCCAAAGGCAAAGCUCAGCUUCUGUACUAUGUCAACCUAUUGCUGAUAGACCACUGCUUCCUCCUGCGCCAUGGCGAGUAUGUGCUCCACAUGUGGCAGUUAUCCGGGAAGGGGGAAGACCAAGGGAGCUUCAAUGCCGACAAGCUCACGUCGGCAACCAACCCGGACAAGGAGAACUCAAUGUCCAUCUCCAUUCUUCUGGACAAUUACUGCCACCCCAUAGCCUUGCCUAAGCAUCGGCCUACCCCUGACCCAGAAGGGGACCGGGUUCGGGCAGAAAUGCCCAAUCAGCUUCGGAAGCAACUGGAGGCAAUCAUAGCCACGGAUCCGCUUAACCCACUCACAGCUGAAGACAAAGAACUGCUCUGGCAUUUCAGAUAUGAAAGCCUGAAGGAUCCCAAAGCGUAUCCUAAGCUCUUUAGCUCGGUGAAAUGGGGACAGCAAGAAAUUGUGGCCAAAACAUACCAAUUAUUAGCCAAAAGGGAGGUCUGGGAUCAGAGUGCUUUGGAUGUGGGGUUAACCAUGCAGCUCCUGGACUGCAACUUCUCGGAUGAAAACGUGAGAGCCAUUGCAGUCCAGAAACUGGAGAGCUUGGAGGAUGAUGACGUGCUCCAUUACCUGCUCCAGCUGGUCCAGGCUGUGAAAUUUGAACCAUACCAUGACAGUGCCCUAGCCAGAUUUCUGCUGAAGCGUGGUUUAAGAAACAAGAGAAUUGGUCACUUCUUGUUUUGGUUCUUGAGAAGUGAGAUUGCCCAGUCUAGGCACUAUCAGCAGAGGUUUGCAGUGAUCCUGGAAGCCUACCUGAGGGGCUGUGGCACAGCCAUGCUGCACGACUUCACCCAGCAAGUCCAAGUAAUUGACAUGUUACAAAAAGUCACCAUUGACAUUAAAUCGCUCUCUGCUGAAAAGUAUGACGUCAGUUCCCAAGUUAUUUCCCAACUUAAGCAAAAGCUUGAAAACCUACAGAAUUUGAAUCUCCCCCAAAGCUUUAGAGUUCCCUAUGAUCCUGGACUGAAAGCCGGGGCACUGGUGAUCGAAAAAUGUAAAGUGAUGGCCUCCAAGAAGAAGCCCCUGUGGCUUGAGUUUAAAUGUGCCGAUCCUACGGCUCUAUCAAAUGAAACAAUUGGAAUUAUCUUUAAACACGGUGACGAUCUGCGCCAAGACAUGCUUAUUUUACAGAUUCUACGAAUCAUGGAGUCCAUUUGGGAGACCGAAUCUUUGGAUCUGUGCCUCCUGCCAUAUGGCUGCAUUUCAACUGGUGACAAAAUAGGAAUGAUCGAGAUCGUGAAGGACGCCACGACAAUCGCCAAAAUUCAGCAAAGCACAGUGGGCAACACGGGUGCCUUUAAAGAUGAAGUCCUGAGUCACUGGCUCAAAGAAAAAUGCCCUAUUGAAGAAAAGUUUCAGGCAGCUGUGGAGAGAUUUGUUUAUUCCUGUGCCGGCUACUGUGUGGCAACCUUUGUUCUCGGAAUAGGCGACAGACACAAUGACAAUAUUAUGAUCUCAGAAACAGGAAAUCUAUUUCAUAUUGAUUUCGGACACAUUCUUGGGAAUUACAAAAGUUUCCUGGGCAUUAAUAAAGAGAGGGUGCCAUUUGUGCUAACCCCAGACUUCCUGUUUGUGAUGGGGACUUCUGGAAAGAAGACAAGUCUACACUUCCAGAAAUUUCAGGAUGUCUGCGUCAAGGCUUACCUAGCCCUUCGUCAUCACACAAACCUACUGAUCAUCCUCUUCUCCAUGAUGCUGAUGACAGGAAUGCCCCAGUUAACCAGCAAAGAAGACAUUGAAUACAUUCGGGAUGCCCUCACAGUGGGCAAAAGUGAGGAGGAUGCUAAAAAGUAUUUUCUGGAUCAGAUUGAAGUUUGCAGAGACAAAGGAUGGACCGUGCAGUUUAACUGGUUCUUACAUCUUGUUCUUGGCAUCAAACAAGGGGAGAAGCAUUCCGCGUAAUACUUUGGGCUAGAGUUUAAAACAAGUUAGUGUUCUAAUGCUUUACGUCAGCAGGACAGUCAUCGAACUUGAUGUCAUGUAGUGGGACAUUAUGAAAGCUGGCACUUGAGAAAUAUAGCUCUUCCCCUAACUGAACUCUUCACUGGAGAAAAACCUUGGCAUGUUUAAGUAAUGUUCAGUGUUAGGCUUAUUUGCAUGUUUGUUUUUUCUCAUGUGCCCCCUCAGUCAUGUUGGAGACUGUUCUAAAUUUAAGUGGCCUAAUGACCUCUGAAGUUUCAACUUUCUUGGUACUGAGUGCUUCUGAAAUUCUUUACAAUAAUUGGUAACAUCUAUUGUCAGCUGGGUAUCCUCUCAAUUUUGGUUAUCCUUGGGUUUCUCAAACUCCUUACAGGAAAAAAAAAAAAAAACUGUGAUCAUUGUAACCAUGCCUCAUUCCUUAGAGAAUGCUUCCCCAAAAUCCCCUGCACAUCUGCAGAUGUGAGGGAUGUGCCAGCAAAGCGAGCUUGUCUUUUCAGGGUCUUCUGCAGUUAGCUUCCGAUACCACUGAGACUCACGAACACGAAAUGGAAAAUCUGAAUCUUUGUGCCCUGGCCUUUCUCUGCUGGUCUGGUUCCAGGGAACAUUUGUCUCAGCUCUGCCCACAGAGUGAAGAACCAUCAAGUACAAUUGGGCUAGACCUUCGCCAGCACAGAAACAGCAAGUAACGAAGGGACUCAUGCAGGGCCUUUCUAUUCCCCACCCCCCUUGUACCCUGCUUCCCUCUUUCCCAGUUGCCCACAACUCUUUACUCAGAAUCGUGACAUCUUCAGAAACACCUUUACCCCAGAAUUCAAAAAUUAGUUGAAAAGGAAUUUCUCCUCUCGGGAUACUAGAAUUUUAGGUACUUAUUUGUAAGGAUGUUUUUUGUUGUGUGUUGUUUCUAAAGCUUGUUAUUAAAGGAGACAUCCUAGAAAAUGUGGUUUAGCUUCCAGAUGCCUUAAUUUUAAAUUUUGGCCUGAGCAGUUUUCACUUCCUUCUUUAAUGGAAGAAGAUAUGUGAUGUGUAAAAAGUACUCCAAGUUGGGAGGAACACUACUUGCCCUGCCCAUCCUGCAUUUUACAGGACUUUUACACUCCGGCGCAGUCUUCAGAUUUCCUAAAAAAGUUGAAACGUCUGCUUUGAAAACUCCUUUCAUCUCUUAAAUGUUUCCCUAUUUAUUGGAAGUGUUUAACAGAGAAAGAUCAUUAAAGUAUUUAUAAAAUAUUUUUAAUUACCUAGAGGUAAUACUUUGCAUAGAAAUAAGUUAGUGAUGUCUAUGUUUAAGUAGAAUUAGAUAUAAAUAUAUAUAUUUAAUCUUUAAAUGUUCGAAUUGAGAUCUGUUUGAUUCUGGUGUAGCCAAAACCUUUCUUUUCGAGUAUGCAAAAGCCCAAUGAUUCUUCACCUUGCUGCACAUCAGAAUCACCAGGGAUACUUUAAAAAAAUACCCUGCCUGAGUGUCCACCUCGGGUUGUAAUUAAUUUGUUUGGGAUGAGGCCCAGACAUUAGUGUUUUUCUAAUUACUCCAAUUGAUUCUAAUCUGCAGCCAGGGUUUGAAAGUCCCACAUGGCCUUUGAAGAUGUAGGUAACACUGCCUCCUUGCCCACUGUGCCUUUCUCCACCUCCUAAGGUAUCUAGAAAGAGCUCCUCUUCCUUGCUAACUCAUCCUUUUAAAUCACCGUAUGUCCCCCUGUACAGAGAACCAUGCCUAUAAUGAAAUGUUUACACCACUGUUAAUGGUAGACAUGUUAUAGCAUUUUUCAACCAACUAUUGCCCCUCAUUCUUUUGAAGUACAGAAAGAAUGGUGCUUUCCAAUUCAGAAGAGGAUUUUUCAUUAUUCUCAUAAAGCAUAGCCAAGCUCAGAUCUUGCACAGAUUCCACUUUUUAUUUGAAUUGCAGAAAUAAUCACCUUAAUGAUAAAAGAACUAUAGAAGAAUGUGUUUAUAGCUUAUUGAACAUGUGUGUACAAAUUAGCUCGUCCAAUGAACACAUUCUUUCAGUAUGCUGAUUUUACAUAUAUAUAUAUAAGCCCAUAUAUACAUAUGAUGGGCUUGAUUCUUCCCUAUUGCAAUGAAGGUACGAUUUUAUAGACAUGCAAAAAAAACCAAAAAUGACCUUUGUGUGCUUCCUUCACUGUCCCCCACGUGGCCCUCAACUUUUACACCUUUGAAAAUGUCCUGGAGCCUGGUGUAUCUUGCCAUUGGGAGAUGUUGGGGAACUACCCAUAUUUUCGAUGCCAAAGAAAACACAGAUCACAAGUUAGAUGAUUCAGGUCCAAGCAGCUUGUAUAUACAUCUAAGACUGGCUACAUAAUUUGUGGAGCCCAGCACAAAAUGAAAAUCCAGGGGUUGUUGCUCACAAACUCAAGACGGUAAGAGCAGGGCACUAAACUUUCAGAGUGUGGAUCCCUGCUCGGGUUUCAAGCCCAUGGAGCAGGCUUUGGUGCUCAAAUUACAUCCAGACCACAUCUGCGUGAGUGCAGAAAAUGUGCCAGAUCAAAGUGUUUCUCUUGCUCACACUGAAAUACCUCAUCUCUAUGGCUGUUACUUCCCAAAACACUGGCCUGUGGCUUUGGGACUGGAACUAUGGUCACUAAAAUAAAGCAAAGUCUAGACCUAGUCCCAAGUGACUACAUUUGACUGGCUUUGGUGACACUUUGGUGAGAAGAGAGGGAAGUGGAGACACUGUAAUAAAAUAUAUCGAUUCCUAGAACAAGCUCUUACAUUAAUUUUUUUAACAAAGUUUUUCUUUUUGGCUGCCCCACAGCAUAUGGACUUCCCGGGCCAGGGAUCAGAUCUGAGCUGUAGUCACAACCUAUCAGCAACACUGAAUCCUAAACCCACUGAGCAGGCCCAGGGAUAGAACCUGCAUCCUGGCACUGCAGAGAUGCCACUGAUCCCACUGUGCCACAGUGGAAACCUCUAGGGCAAACUCUUGAUUUAAAAGAAUUAACUUUAUUAAAUAUAUCUUUUACUAAAGAUGAAAUAUUUUUUAAACAAGGUUAGAUAUAGAUAUUCUACAGCAUAAUUUGGGGUCUGUUAGCCAUAUAUGCAAAUUAUUUUCUGAAGUGAGUUGGAAAAAUAAUUUCGAAAGCAAGUUUCUGGAGCAAAUUCUGACCUUUAUUUGGUAAGUGAGGCACUCUUCGCCCUAUGAAAUUUAAUUGUCAAUUUUAUUUUACUAUACAAAGACAGAGUAAAAUUUGGAUUUUUAAAAGUUCUGCUGUGCUAUCUUCUGUUUAAUCCAACCUAAUAAGCCUGGUCACGAAGUUUGGUUCGAGCUUAGAUGCUCAUCUGCAUUUUUCUCAAAAAGAUUUUCAGAACAGAUAUUGGGAAACUCAAGAACACACCUUGACUUAAGUACCACUCAGAAUAUCUGAGUCUUUCCCUCUUCCAGACAACCCUGUCCUCCCCAUAUGCAUUUGUAUUUUCAUUGCAAAUUUUUAAAUGUAAAUUUAAAUAAAAGGAAUCUGAUGCCUUGUGUUCUCUGCA